UAACUCUGUAUGACAUCAUCUAUCCGCACCGCCGCCAUUUAUAUUCCCCCGCCAUUUUAUAUCUUCCCAACCUAACGCAGAUUAGAUUACGAACAUGACGGCUCAAAUGGAAAACCAGCUCUGCAAGCUCUUUGUCGGGGGACUCAACGUCCAAACCACGGACGAUGGGCUGCGGCAGCAUUUCGAGCAGUACGGGAAGCUCACGGACUGCGUGGUGGUGCAGAACCAGCAGCUGAAGCGCUCUCGCUGCUUCGGUUUCGUGACCUACUCGAGUCCGGAGGAGGCGGACGCGGCCAUGGGGGCCCGUCCCCAUUUGCUGGACGGGAAUAACGUCGAGAUCAAGAGGGCCGUAGCGCGAGAAGAUGCUGGCAGACCCGAAGCCCUCGCUAAGGUGAAGAAGAUAUUCAUCGGUGGUCUUAAAGACGACAUCGAGGAGGAUCACCUCCGCGACUGCUUUUCCCAGUUCGGUGCGGUGGAGAAGGCCGAGGUGAUCACAGACAAAGAGACCGGCAAAAAACGGGGCUUCGGCUUCGUGUAUUUUGAGGAUAACGAUUCCGCCGACAAAGCUGUGGUGCUUAAAUUUCACGUGAUUAAUGGACAUAAAGUAGAAGUGAAGAAAGCCCUGACCAAGCAAGAGAUGCAGGCUGCUGGUAGUCGCGGCGGUCGGGGAGGCAGAGGAGGCGGACGGGGGAUGGGGAGACCUCAGAACGGCUACGGUGGGCGCGGCGGAUACGGCAACUACAGCGGCGGCUACGGGGGCAACGAUGGCUACGGCGGAGGCUAUGGAGGCGGAUACGGUGGUGGAUAUGGGGGAGGCUACGGAGACCAAAUGGAGGGCUACGGCGGUGGUAACGGCUACAAUGACUUUGGCAGCGGCUAUGGCCAGCAAUCCUCUGGCUAUGGUCCAAUGAAAGGUAAUUACUCGGGCAGAAGCAACGCUCCUUACUCCCGAGGUGGUGGUGGCGGCGGUGGUUACGGCAGGGGGGGUUACGGAGGCUCGUAUUAAAAUUACGUGUUAGGUGCGAUAUUAAGAGCAGCUCCUUCCCCAGCCCACAUCACAAUUUUGACCACACGUUAUAUUCAGCAAAGUAGCCAGAGCGUGUCACCUUAACGUGGCUCGACAUUGACUGAAACAAUGACGCAUCGAUUCAUUCAGGAGUUCACAACUUAUCCAGCCUAGCAGAUCAUAGGUAGAGGGUUACCUAUCAAACUUUACCUCUCACAGCUGUUACUACACAUUCUCUUUUUUAAGGCACCCAUCGUUUCCCUAAAGUUCUAGGGAGUUUUUUUCAACAGCACAAAUAGGACUACUGCCGUGGAUUUCUGCUUGUUAUCAGACUGGCCAAAAAUGGCCGGGGCAUGCUGCUGCCUCCUUACGAAACUGUUUCUCUCACGUUUUUGUGCUUUGCAAUUAAGUUAAGAUUAGCAUUUUUUGCUUGUUAGUGUAGGCAUGUGUUUUUUCCUUUAGCAUAUGUAUUGUAUUUUAUUGUCUUUUUGUUUCCCUUUGUUCAACGGCGUUAUUUAAAUCUGUUGAUUAGAGCCAAUCACGGUGAACCAGCGUAGAGGUCUGAUAUUUCAUUGGUUGGUAGUGAUCACGUGAUGUAUUAAAUGACCACAGUCCAGCGGGGCUGCUGGUAGAGUCUGCAGCCAACCCGUGGAACAUUAAAGGGAUACUUCACCCAAAAGUGAAAAUUCUGUCAUUUACUCACCUUCCAGUUGUUCCAAAUCUGUAUGAUGUCUUUGUUCUGAUGAACACAGAGAAAGAUAUUUGGAAGAAUGCUUAUAACCAGACAGAUUUUGUGUUCGACAGAUUUAAUUUUUCCUACUAUGGGAGUCAAUGGGGGGCAAAAUCUGUUUGGUUAUAAGCAUUCUUCCAGAUAUCUUUCUCUGUGUUCAUCAGAACAAAGACAUUUAUACAGAUUUGGAACAACUCGAAGGUGAGUAAAUGACAGAAUUUUCUCUUUUUGAUGAAGUAUCGCUUUAAACUCGUAUUUAAUUAGGCUCCUAGUUUGUCGACCAGACAUAAAAACCGCGCUGGAUGGGAUAAAGGCACAUUUAUAUUCGUGUCGGUGAAUACAAAUAAAAGGAGUAGUUUUACCUUUUGGUGUUCAGUCUCGCAUAAACUUAACAUCCGUUGUAGUAACCUAAUGUGACUCUCCAAUAAUUAGUGUCAUUUGUCAAAUAGUUCCGACUUCAUUAUGAAAUAUUGUAUUUGGUGUUACAGUGAACCUUAAAGACAGGCUUGAUUUGAGUUGUUUUUCUACAGUUAAAGUCCUUAAGGAUGCAUUUGUCUAAUUGUAUUACUGCUUCAACAAUAUAAUACCUAUGGAAUAUUGUUUAUUUCAGAACCAACUGUAUGUAUUUCUAUUAAUAAAGGUGAUUAUUCCGUAGCCAUUAUGGUUUGACUAGUUGAGCUUUAUUGGGUGGUUUGGACGUAUACGAAGCCCGCUUAGUGAUUCUGUAUCGCCAUCUAGGUAAGACUAAAACUGGAGGCAAGGAUAGCGUAUGCUGACCCUUUGCCUCUGCCAGGCAUCGGCUUUAGUGCUCCAUAUUGACUAUAUUUGCAUCAGACGUGUGGGGAUGUUAAAAUUUUCCCAACCAUGCAAGAUAUGUUGUCUUUAUUCUUAAAAUAUGUUUAGAGCUUUGUUCCAAUACUUUUAGUGAUCAAAUAAGAUGGAUCUAUACCUUAGCUGUGUCCACUACUACGUCAUUGGAUUCUCCAGGGGUACUCCAGAGAUGUAGAAACCCAGCAGAAAAUCCAUAGGAUAAUCGCACCAGGUUUCCAGGUUUGUAGAAAUACUUUAUACACAAGACAUUACAUCAGGUGUGUCUUUAACAUACUUCGGAUCCACCUGGAACAGACGCAAACGAGGUAUUUGUGAGUGGAUAGUGUAAAAGCGUGCAUGCAACUUUAUUACAGCAUUACCUAAAUACAAUCUUCUUGGUGUCAACUGGCGGUGACCAUGUAAAAUAGAGGAGAAGUGGAAACUGUGCUCUCUAGUCCAAUGUGUGUGAAGUGGUGGUGAUUGUGGUCUAUGUAGUUAUGUCUUAAUCCAAUAUAUUUUAGACAAUUUUCAGUUUAAGGUCAAACCGGAGAAUGGGGCUUAUAGUUCCUGUUUACUUGAUGCAUUAGUUCCAGAUAUUAAUCGCAUCAAAUGCAAAGGAGAUCAGCAUUUAUUAAGCACAAGGUUUGUGACUUCAGUUAUUUACUUUACAUCUUAUCAAUCCCCCUCCCCUCCUCAUCUCGGUGUUUUGCUCGUGUUUUGUCCUUUUUACAUUUCUGGCACGCUAAGGACAAUGGAUGUGUGUAAUUCAUUGAGACUAUGUAACGUCAUUUGGUUUGGCCCUUUGGAACGCUAUUAGUUUUAAAAAAAACGACACAGCUCCUACAUAGACCGUCUUUCUUAAAGGCAAUCACAAAAGUAUAAAUCUGAUCGAGUUGUGUCAUAGACUGGUUGUAGUUAGGCGUGCUUCAGGAAAACAUCACUUGUUGACUUAACGCUAAUUGCAUCGGUCUUCUUUUUCCACAGAGGGUAUGCAAUGGAAUAAAAUCUUGCUUCUGAGUGUGGCUGCUUGAGAACCUCUGCUUCAGCUGAGAAUCCAGUUGGCCAGAAAAGUGAAGCAGGGACUUCAUCAGCAUCUCCGAUUUGAGAUGGACUGCAAAUGCUGUAUUCCUGGGGACCUCUGAGAGGCCAGAUGCUUUGGCUGGUCCAAAAACGAUGCCUUGGUGGUACCAGGUUGAGGAUCAGCUCGCUGGAGAUUAGCACGUGGAGUCUUGCAAUUCAGUCAAUGGAGUCAUUUUACCUGUGCAAAUGAAUAAAAUGUUUUAAAUAUGAUGUAAUAAAUUCAAUAAUAAAUGAA